CUUCGUCAAUUACUUAUGGUUGCUUCUCAAAAGGUAAAAACACCAACAAUGGAACUACCGAUUUUACAUAGUUCAUCAUCAUUACGUAAAGCAAAACGUUUACAACGUCGUUGGUCUCGUCUUUUAUUUUCUUAA